AUGGGAAGACUUCGUCGCAAGAGAACUCAUCAUGGUAUCCGUGAUAACUAUCGUAAGCAACGUACCAGAGCUUACACUCGUGAUCUCGAUCAAAUUGCUGAUGACUUGAAGCCCGAGAACAUUGACAAGAAGAAGCAUCAAGAGAUUGACACUGACUUACCUGGUCUUGGUCAACACUACUGUGUUGAGUGUGCCCGUCAUUUCAUUUCCGAAGCUCAUUUGACAGAACAUUUGAAGAGUAAAUUACACAAGAGAAGACUCAAAAAAUUAGAGGAUGAACCUUACACACAGGAAGAGGCUGAUCGCGCUGCAGGCAUUGGUAAGCCUGACAAUGGAAAGAAGGGUGGUCGAGUUUUGACAAGUCAGGAUGUUACCAUGGAGGAGUAA